AUGCGCAAAAAACCAGGCACUAGAGUUUUGCUCAGCCCCCGCCUGUACCCCCGGAUCCUGCAUCCGCGGCAUCUCCAGCCCCUGAUCAUAGCCGGGCCCGGGCUUGUCCGGCACCACCUGCCACCGAGAGUCUGCCCCCGGUCCCCCCGCCAGUCCGACCCACCACUCACUGACCCCGCUGUAAACCGGGCUGUGGGUCACCGGGAAGCCGACAACGCCCGGCAGAGCUUCUACACUCCAACCCGCCCCGGCUACCCCGGCCCCCGCCACACGACAGCCCCGGUUACCCCGGCCCCCGCCACACGACAGCCCCGGUUACCCCGGCCCCCGCCACACAAUCCGCCCCGGCUACCCCGGCCCCCGCCACACGACAGCCCCGGUUACCCCGGCCCCCGCCACACAAUCCGCCCCGGUUACCCCGGCCCCCGCCACACGACAGCCCCGGUUACCCCGGCCCCCGCCCACACAAUCCGCCCCGGUUACCCCGGCCCCCGCCACACGACAGCCCCGGUUACCCCGGCCCCCGCCACACGACAGCCCCGGUUACCCCGGCCCCCGCCACACGACAGCCCCGGUUACCCCGGCCCCCGCCACACGACAGCCCCGGUUACCCCGGCCCCCGCCACACGACAGCCCCGGUUACCCCGGCCCCCGCCACACGACAGCCCCGGUUACCCCGGCCCCCGCCACACGACAGCCCCGGUUACCCCGGCCAUGAACCGCAGCCGCUCCUCAGGCCGAGGGUCGGCACUACGCCUGCGCGGUAAACCUGCUGCCACGCAACGCCGGAGGUCCCCACAGCGCCGCCAGUGGCUGGAGGACCGGAGCGACAAUGCAGCUGGUUCUCGGCAAGGGGCGCUUUGA